AUGGCAAAUGGCUGGAGAAGAGACCGGCCGACAAAACUGUUAUCCCCCAAAUCCGUCAUCCUCCUCUUCUCCGCCUCUCUCCUCUUCCUUACCUUCUUCUUCCUCGCCUCUCGCACCUCAACCCCAAACCCUAACACCAAACAGGCCCUCAAAUCCUUAAAUCUCCACAAAACAAUUGAACCAUUCAACUGCUACGCGUCUCCGCAAGGCCAUCCGGUGAUCGCCAACGUCGUGGAGGGUCUCAAGUACCCCUUUCUGUACUCUCUUUCCGAUUUCGGAACCCUACCCGAUAAGCCCCACAAGAACAUUGCUCGGAUCCUGAAGGGAAAGCCCUUCCGUCGGCCCGACAUCUCAGUGACGAUUCAGGAGGUGUUGGAGAAGAUGAGGGGCGAGGGCAAUAGUGGGAUUGUGGUGGAUGUCGGCGCCAAUGUGGGCAUGGCGAGCUUCGCCGCGGCGGCGAUGGGGUUUCGUGUUUUGUCCUUCGAGCCGGUGUUUGAGAAUUUACAGAGGAUCUGUGAUGGAGUGUACUUGAAUCGGGUCGGGAAUUUGGUCACUGUGUUCGAGGCUGCGGCUUCGGAUAAGCUCGGAAACAUCACAUUUCACAAGCUGGUUGGACGGCUCGACAACAGUGCAGUUUCAGCCACUGGUGCUAAGCUGGCGUUCAAGUCCAACGAGGAAAUUGCACUUCAAGUGAGGUCUAUUCCUCUUGACCAAGUGAUCCCAGAGUCUGAGUCCGUACUUCUGCUGAAAAUAGAUGUUCAGGGAUGGGAGUACCACGUGUUGAAGGGAGCCUCAAAGUUACUAUCAAGGAAGAAGGGCGAAGCCCCAUAUAUCAUCUACGAAGAAGAUGAGCGGUUGUUGCAAGCCAGCAACAGCAGUGCAAACGAGAUCCGAGAAUUCCUCCACAGUGUUGGUUACCACGAUUGCACUCAGCAUGGUACAGAUGCGCACUGCACCAAAAACAAAUAACCUAUGGUCUUCAUAAUGACAACUCCAACAUAGCCUAACAGCAUGAUGGCUUCUUCACACAUUCCUCGGUGGAGCAAUGGCGAUGUAUCUGGCAGGUUGAGUGUGGGACCUAUCCUUUCCCGGCAUACAAUCCCAUACUGUAGAAGCUGUGAUGGUGCCAUUCUUUCAAAGCUUCAAACUUAUAUAGAGUACAAGCUUCGGCAAAGCUGAACGCGCCGGGUGAAACUUGCCCUAGAAGGGUUUGUUGGUUAACUGUCUAGAAUUCCAGGUUUUGAGGAGCAGCAGCGUGAUGAAGUGCAAAUUUUUGGGAAAGUACUGUUUGGGUUUGUUUGGAAGGUGUUUAAUAGAAUUCAUGACUGUAAGCUUCCGAUAUACGAUUCAUGAUUCUUUCGAACUAGGAAUUAUAUCUUCCUGAUUCAUUGUGCAGAAUUGGAGUUUCCUCCCAAGCCAUUGAUUUCAUACUAAACUGGAGCUUUUAUGCCUCUGCUACCCUUCUUUAAUACUCUUCUUAACUGGGAGUGCACUUGGCAUUGAUAGGAAUGCAUUCUGGCAAUCUUGAAAACCUUUUGCUGGGCACUCACUUCAACUUUGUUUAGAUUUGAAGUGUUCAAAGAAAGUAGUGUUUCAGAAUAUGACUAUGAACUUUGAAACCACUUGGAUCUAAGAAAGUAUUGUAAUAUUAUGUCAUCACGCCAAUUUAAUAAUA